UCUCGAACACAAAUUCCACCAAAGUUUUUUUUUUUAAAAGUAGUAUCUUCCUUAACCUCUUCCUUAACCAUUUGGGAGUUCGGUUUUUUUCUGUACUACUUUUUCCAUCUCUCUCUCUCUCUCUCUCUCUCUCUCUCUCUCUCUCUCUCUCUCUCUCGUAACAGAAAGUAUAGACAAAAUAGCUCUCUGAUCUCCCACCCCGGCCUCCCAAGAUGUCAGACAACUCCCAUGUGUUCUACCUUGUUCACUCUGCAAAAGUUUUCAUGAGAAAACUGAAACUGGAUCGGGGGAUCGAAGACGAAGAAGAAGAAGAAGAAGAAGAAGAAGAGAAUUACAGGUCUAGAUCAAUGUGCCAGGUGCGAGGGAUGCAUGAGAACGCAGGGCAGCAUGCAAAGAGCAUGAGCUUUGAUAGUUCCUCAUUAGAACGUACCGAUGAUGAUUGGAUAAUCGGAAGUCAAGGAUCCAGACCUCUAAAUGAUAAGCCAUUGGAGAGACAUCAAAUUGGUUUUGCAUUCAAUAAAAAUGAUAAAGUUUCUGGUUUGCGAUUGAGCAACGACGAAGCUGCUGCAGCCAAAGAAGCCAAAGACAGGCAAGCCUCAGAAAUAGAACUGCUGAAAGAAAGGUUUGCUAAAUUGCUUUUGGGUGAGGAUAUGUCUGGUGGAGGAAAAGGUGUUUCUUCAGCUUUGGCAUUGUCUAAUGCAGUCACGAACCUUGCUGCUUCUAUUUUUGGUGAACAGUCGCGCCUGGAGCCUAUGUCUGCAGAAAGAAAAGCAAGGUGGAGAAAAGAAAUUGAUUGGCUCCUAUGUGUAACCGAUUACAUUGUCGAAUUUGUUGCAUCUCAACAAAAAUCCAAGAAUGGAGUCGAUAUGGAGAUAAUGGUGACCCGGCAAAGAACUGAUCUACACAUCAACAUCCCCGCCUUGCGUAAGCUUGAUGCAAUGCUUAUUGAUUGUCUAGAUAAUUUCAAAGACCAAAAUGAGUUCUAUUAUAUGUCGAGAGAUGACGACGACUCAGAUAAAGGGAAAGCAAAGAGGAAAGACGACAAAUGGUGGCUACCGACUCCUCAAGUUCCCAAAGAGGGUCUAUCUGAAAUGUCUAGGAAAUUUUUACAGUAUCAGAAAGAUUGCGUUAACCAAGUGCUUAAAGCAGCCAUGGCCAUAAAUGCUCAAGUUCUAUCAGAAAUGGAAAUCCCAGAAAAUUACAUUGAAUCCCUGCCAAAGAAUGGUCGAGCAAGCCUUGGGGACUCGAUCUAUAAGAGCAUUACAGUAGAAUUCUUUGAUCCUGGACAGUUUCUCUCCACCAUGGACUUGUCAUCGGAGCACAAAAUCUUAGACCUGAAGAACAGAAUCGAGGCUUCCAUAGUGAUUUGGAGGAGGAAGAUGAACCAAAAAGAUGGGAAAUCUGGUUGGGGUUCAGCUGUGAGCUUGGAGAAGAGAGAGCUCUUUGAAGAGAGAGCUGAGACCAUUUUACUUCUCCUCAAGCAUCAGUUUCCCGGGACUCCUCAAUCUGCACUAGACAUCAGCAAAAUCCAAUACAACCGGGAUGUUGGGCAGGCUGUCCUCGAGAGUUAUUCAAGAAUACUGGAAAGCUUGGCCUUCACAGUUUUGUCACGUAUUGAGGACGUACUCUAUGCUGAUUACAUCACUCAAAAUCCAUCACAUGCCGCAUGUGGAAGGAUCCCUUUAAUAGAAUCCCCACCUACCACAGGGACAGAUAUGUUUCCAGUCCAAGAAGUGAACAAAGAGGCGCCCAUGACACUGUCGGAUGUCAUGGGUUGGGGUCUGGAUAAAGGGGAUGCAGAGUCAAAGGUUUCAAUAGAAUAUUCAGAUGAAGUAUCCAAAGGUAUGUAGAAAGUAGCCAACAUAGCGACGAACAAGAGGGUUUCUUAUCUUGAGAAGUUGGGUGGUUUGAGAAGUCCAACGGUACGCCAUUGACAGCAUUAGGGGGAGAAGAUGAAAGUGAGAGAAAAUUAUGAUUAACACACAUCAUAGACAAAGAGAGAGAGAGCAUGAAAGGAAAAGAAACACACUGAAUGACAUAGCCUGGCCACGAGAUAUAGAUUUUCAGAACCAUGUGGAGCAAUCUCUUAGUUUGUAUUACAUGUUUGGUUCUGUUCCUUUCGUAAAUAGGGAAGAAGGAAAACUACAGGGCUCGAAGCAUUUUUUACACCAUUGUUUUCCUGCACAAGAAAAGUGGCAUUGUACUCUACAGCUGUAUACUUAAUAUAUGAAUAGGUGACUUUAUCUCA